AUGAGUUUUAAUAAAAGUUGGCUUUUAGUGAAUUGUGUUCGUCCAAAAGAACCCAGUUUCACGCCAAAGUGCAAUCAUCAAUUCUUUCUCGACUUGCCGGAUGAUUAUUUUACGGAGCGUUAUCGUACAAUUGGGCACAAUUUGGAGGAAAAGUACGCUCGUGACACGCAAACUAGAAUUCCAAUUCCUCGAAUUCGUCUUCCCGAUUUGAGUUUUGUCGAAUUGGAUCGUCGAGGUACGUUUUCGCCUUUUGUACCGAAACAUCGUAAUAUCGCGGCGAAUUUGAUGGGACUCUUUAUGGAAGCGCAAACAAUUGAAGAGCUCAUGGCAUUGGGAGCUUAUGUGAAAGAUCGUGUCAAUCCCUACAUGUUUCAAUAUGUGUAUCAAGUUGUUUUGAAACAUCAUCGUUUGUCGAAAGAUUUACCCUUGCCGUCGAUUGUAGAGCAAUUUCCGGAGAAUUUCAUGGAUCCCGUUGUUUUUCCAUUGUUGCAAGAGGAAACGAGUGUUGUCGAUGACGAAGAUCGACGUGUUGUAUUUUUGCCUUCGAACUUUACAGCAAGCGAUUUGGAAGACGAACAACGUUUGGCGUACUUUAGAGAAGAUAUUGGCGUAAAUAUGCAUCAUUGGCAUUGGCAUCUUGUGUAUCCGUUGGAAGGUCCUCUUGAAAUUGUCGCUAAAGAUCGACGCGGAGAACUUUUCUAUUACAUGCAUUCGCAAUUAGUUGCUCGAUAUGAAUCUGAACGUCUUUCUAAUGGGAUGCCAAGAACCGUGCAAUACGAAAAUUUCAGAGAACCUGUUAAAGAAGGAUAUUUUCCGAAACUUGUGAAAGGAACAAAUAUGAGGGCAGUUGCUGGAAGAGCUCCAAACACAACUCUUAAAGACGUUAAUCGACCAGAUGUUGGAAUUUUUGUUUCUCUUGCGCAAUUCGAAGGAUGGUUGGAUCAAAUUUUGAUGGCAAUCGAUCAAGGAUUUGUCGUUGACACGAAUGGACAAGCAAUUUCCAUUAAUAACGAUCAAGGAAUCGAUAUUCUCGGAAAUAUUAUUGAAUCAUCUGUAUUGAGUGUUAAUCCUGAUCUUUAUGGCGAUUGGCAUAACUCAGGACAUGAUUUGUUUGGAUAUUCGCACGAUCCUGAUGGGCGUUAUCUCGAAGAAGUUGGUCCAAUGGGAGAUGUAACAACUUCGAUGCGAGAUCCUGUCUUUUAUCGUUAUCACAAAUACGUUAACAGCAUCUUUGAUCGUCAUAAGAGAUUACUUCCGCAAUACAAUCGUCUCCAAUUGAGUUAUGAUCCUGUGAACAUCAACAAUGUAAAUGUUCAAAUCCCGAAAGAAACUGCUGCUCCCAACGUUCUUUUGACAUUUUGGCAAAGAUCACAAAUUGAUCUCUCAGGCGGAUUAGAUUUUCAAGCUGAUGGUUCUGCGCUUGUGAGUUUUCAACAUUUGCAACAUGCAGAUUUCGAUUAUGUAAUUGACGUAAGCAACAAUUCAAGUCAAAAUUUGACAGGAACUUGUCGUAUCUUCCUUGCUCCAAAUUGCGAUGAUACGUGUCGUGAAUUGUACUUCAAUGAACAACGAAAAUUGAUGGUUGAAUUGGACAAAUUUACGCUGGAAUUAACUCCGGGAGAUAAUCGCAUCGUUCGUUCGUCAUUGGCUUCGAGCGUGACAAUUUCAUGGGAGAAAUCUUUCCAAACAAUCGGAAAAUUGACGCGUUUGAGUGAAAAUGCAAGUGCAGAAGAAAUUUCUGAUUUGGAAUUCUGUGGAUGCGGAUGGCCUCAUCAUCUGUUAUUGCCGAAAGGAUCUCCUGAUGGCGCAGCAUUCAGAUUGUUUGUUAUGAUUUCAAACUUUGCUGAUGAUGCUGUUAAUACGCCCAUCCCUGAAAAUGUCGCUUGCGGAGAUGCACAUUCUUUCUGUGGGCUUCAAGAUCAAUUAUAUCCCGAUGCUCGCCCCAUGGGUUUCCCAUUUGAUCGCCCUUUUGAUGUUCCGAUGCUCGAUGAUUUUGUCGCCAUGCAUGGAAAUAUGUUUGUACAAGAAGUUACAAUUCGUUUUGUUGACGAAGUCGUUAAUCGUGAACAAUAGAAAUCUUUGUUUCUCAGAUUAAAUGC